CGCAGGAGGCCGGCUGUCCAGCAGUGGGUGUGCUGUCCAGAGAGGGGAUAUAAACCCCACUCAGCCCCCAUAAGAGUCAGUCCAGUAGGCUCUGAAGACUGUUAGAGCCUCAAAAUUGAACGACCCUCGCAACGAUGAACAUCUGGCAGCUGCCCGUCUUCCUGGUCCUAACAUCUAGUGUGUCCCCAUUCCAGUUUGGAGAGCUCUUUCAGUAUGUGGACAGCCAUCAACAGGAAUAUGUAGAGACCCUGAGGGACUGGGUUGCGGUAGAGAGUGACUCCAGUGACAUGUUGAAGAGGUCAGACCUACAUCAGAUGAUGGACAUGACUGCUGAGAAGCUAAGGGCCAUGGGAGGGAAGGUGGAACUGGUGGAUAUUGGAGAACAGGAGCUCCCAGAUGGUCAGAAGCUGGCCCUACCCAAGGUGGUGGCCGCUACGUUUGGGAGUGACCCCAGUAAGCACACGGUGUGUGUGUAUGGCCACGUGGACGUCCAGCCAGCCAAGAAGGAGGAUGGCUGGUCCACAGACCCCUACAAUCUGACUGACAUCAACGGAAACCUGUAUGGAAGAGGGGCAUCAGACAAUAAGGCUCCUGUUCUGGCCUGGAUCCACACAGUGGAGGCCUACCAGGCCCUUAACCAGGACCUACCAGUGAAUGUGAAGUUCAUCAUUGAGGGGAUGGAGGAGACAGGCUCCAAUGGCCUGGAGGCCAUGAUAGUGGCCCAGAGAGACACUUUCUUCUCCGACGUGGAUUACAUUGUCAUCUCCGACUGUGGCUGGCUGAGUCGCCGACCUGCCCUUACCUACGGCACCAGGGGCAAUUGCUACUUCUUUGCUGAGGUGGAGGGUCCCAAACAGGAUCUCCACUCUGGGGUAUUUGGAGGCACCGUGAUGGAGCCAAUGACUGAUCUGAUUGGCAUCCUAGACACACUGAUCAGCCCCAGUGGUAAGAUCCUAAUCCCGGGCAUCAGAGAGGCUGUGGCGCCCCUGUCUGAUGAGGAAUGGAAGAUGUACCAAGACAUCGAGUUUGACAUCGAGAGCUACAAGUCCAAAAUGGGUGUCGACCAGCUCAUGUACAGCAGCAAGGUGGACCUGUUGGCUCACAGGUGGCGCUACCCCACAGUGUCCAUCCAUGGCAUUGAAGGAGCCUUCUCAGGCUCGGGCUCCAAGACCGUGAUUCCGGCCAAGGUCACCGCCAAGUUCUCUAUCCGACAGGUGCCUGACAUGGACCCUGCUGUGGUCAAGAAACAGGUGACAGACUACCUACACUCUGUGUUUGCCAAGAGGAAAAGUCCCAACAAGCUGAAAGUGACUAUGAUCAUCGGGGCCAAGCCCUGGCUGGCUGACACCAAGCACCCCCUAUACACUGCUGGGAAGGCUGCCGUUAAGAGAGUUUUUAACGUAGAUCCAGACCUGAUCCGCGAGGGAGGCACCAUUCCCAUUGCUAGAACCUUCCAGGACGUGACAGGAAAGAGCAUCAUCAUGCUGCCCAUCGGAGGCUUUGACGAUGGACUGCACUCCCAGAACGAGAAGAUGAGCAGGUACAACUACAUCGAAGGCACCAAGCUGUUCAUCACUUACCUACAUGAAGUGGCACAAAUCAAGAAGACCCCUGUCUAAUUGAAGUGUUAUUUGCACUUCUGAAGUGGAUGGGGCCGCACCACCCCCAUUUAAAAAAAAAAAAAACAACUCCAUUGAACAGAGCCUCUUCCCUGAGAUGACACGAGUAUCGACAUCAUGAAUGUCAGUAUCAGAGCUUAAACUCUGAAUCGGUUGUCUACAGUGAAAAGCGCUUUACAUUUAAACAUGAGUUAAUUUUGGAUGCUCAGCAUUCAGAUGUUCUUGUGUGUCAGAGGAGUGAUGCAGGCCUAUCUCCCCCAUAUCUUUCUUUCUCUCUGUUAUCUUGUGCUCUUUCUAACUUUUUGUCUCCUUGUUUCAAUUUCUUAGGUCUAAUAAAACUGAUCUUUGACUGUU